AUGAAAGCCUCCGGUAAUUGUCGGACCUUUAUGGAUGCCUGGGAUUACUAUGCAGCUGGUCACACUGGUCGCGUUGCGUCUGAAGACCUCAGGAACUCGGGAUGUGCUCUGCUACGUUUCCUUGACAAGGAUUCCACCCACCCCAAUUGGUACGGUUAUUUCCUGGCCAGUGGGUGCUUCGCCGCCAGCUUCAUCAGUUCACUCCUGUUUAACCAAGGCUUCUAUCUCAUUUUCACGGCCGCACUUUCGGCCAGGUCAGCCCUCAUGGCCGCCAUUUAUCGAAAGACUCUGAAUCUUUCCCCGGAAUCUCGAGGUGCUUACACAACAGGACAAAUCGUAAACUUUCUCACGGUGGAUGUUGAUCGCCUCUUGGAGGUCCUCAGUAAGUAA